GCCCCAACGAUGGACGCCAUCGAAGAAGAGAGCUUCGCGCUGUCCUUCUCCUCCGCCUCUGAUGCAGAAUUUGAUGCUGUAGUUGGGUGUUUGGAAGACAUUAUUAUGGAUGACGAGUUCCAGUUACUGCAGAGGAACUUCAUGGACAAGUACUACCAGGAGUUUGAAGACACUGAAGAGAAUAAACUCACCUAUACCCCCAUUUUUAAUGAAUAUAUUUCCCUGGUAGAGAAGUACAUUGAAGAGCAGCUGCUGGAGCGUAUCCCAGGCUUCAACAUGGCGGCUUUCACAACCACACUGCAACACCAUAAGGAUGAAGUGGCUGGUGACAUCUUUGACAUGCUGCUCACAUUCACGGACUUUCUGGCUUUCAAGGAGAUGUUCCUGUACUACAGAGCGGAAAAGGAAGGCCGAGGACUGGACUUAAGCAGUGGCUUGGUCGUGACUUCUCUGUGCAAGUCGUCUUCUACAGCAGCUUCCCAGAACAACCUGCGGCACUAGGUUCCACCUGCAGACAUGGGUGUGACCACACUGUGAGGUCACCAGCCCAGCCAGCUCAGAAAUGGAAAGACCAACUGUGCCACAGCUUGUAGCAUGUACAUUCCUAUGUAGUAUUGAGUCCUGGGAAACAUGACUGACCCUCCUGGCCGUUGUCCAGAAACAACUUGUAGUCAGUAACCUCGUGUUCAUCCUCCUGUCCCAAUGCAGGCCCCUCCAGGGCCUUCGCCAGCAGUGUGGUAGUGUAGUGUGUCAGCAGUGUGGACAACACACCAUCGUGAGCCCUUCAUCCCAGCAGGCUUUACACGAGUCCUUGUGCACCCACAACUGUUUUUACAUGGGUCAUUAUGUCCUCAUUGUCGGUGGGGUUUUCGUUUGGGAAUGUUUAUCUAGGGAGUUACUGGGGCCAGCUGCCUGUCUGGGCUUCUGAAUCUCCUGUGAUCACAGCUUGAGCGGCUGCAGGAAUCGACUAAGAGAGAUGUCCUCUACCCACAAGUGAAAAGGAGCUCCCCAUCUUACAUUAGCAGUCCUUUGAGCAGCAAAUGCUGCUGCUCUUGCUGUAGUCCUAUUGUUUCUCUUAAGUCUCUAAGCAUUAUUUUCAAGAAACAUAUUUUUAUAGAUGAAAACUCAGGCUAACCUAGUGAGUAUGAUCUUGGAAUGCCCAAGAUCAACCACUUAAAAGAUCAAAGUAUUAUAUGCUGUGUGCUUUUUAGUUGUGAGUGCAAAUCUGCUUUCUGAUUAGUGCCCCUCUUGGGCACCGUUGCAAGCAGGCUGUAUGCUAGAAAUAGGUUGCAGCUGUCAGGACAGCAUGCUAGGUGUGCCCAUGCAUGGUUGUCUGCAGUCCCAUCACAAUAGUGUGCUUGUGCAUGCUUGUCUGCAGUCCCGUCACGACAGUGUGCUAAAUGUUUGUGCAUGCUUGUCUGCAGUCCCUUCAUGACAGUGUGGUAGUUGUGCUUGCGCAUGCUUGUCUGCAGUCCUGUCACGACAGUGUGCUAAGUGUGCUUGCGCAUGCUUGUCUGCAGUCCACUGUGUAUGCCAAUGAGCUGGUUUUCUGUUGGGAGAGUAGGGACUCUGCAAUUUGUUCCCAACAAUCUCUCCUGCCAAGUUGAUGCUCCCCUGAUCCAGCUCAGCCUGGGGGGAGAGGCAGUGCAGUAGACAGUUUUUGUGUUGGUUUACUGUCACCAACCAGAAAACGUGUGUCACAUCUCUAGAAAGAAGAAAACAGUUUGAUUCCUAAUGUAUGCUUCUGGCUUUAACUUUUAUAGUAAAAAUAAGAAUCCACACUGACUUUCCAUGUGACCAUUCUGACUUUACAGGAUGUAAACAAAGCGCUGUGUUUUUUCUGUAGCAAUGUGUCACUUAGUGCUUUUGUAAAACGAGUAAAAUUUGAGGUGUUUGGCAAGAGUAA